AUGCCAGUUUCUGCGAGGGGUUCCUGGGGAAACAAGGCCCAGUUCUUGCUGUCUUGCUUUGGCUACGCAGCCAGCCUUGGCACCGUGUGGAGGUUUCCUUAUCUCUGCUACAGGAAUGGAGGAGCCACUUUCCUGAUUCCCUACUUGAUCAUGAUGUUGGUGCUUGGCCUACCAAUAAUGUUCCUGGAGAUGGCCCUCGGUCAGUUUGCCUCAGAAGGGCCGAUCACGGUGUGGAAGGUCAGCCCGGCUUUCCACGGUAUCGGGGUCGCUAUGGUGACCAUCCUUGCCAUGAUUACCAUCUACUACAACGUCCUCGUCAUGUACGCCAUCUACUACAUGUUUGUCAGCUUCGUCAACCUUGACGACACUGUACCCUGGGGGUCGUGUGGCAAUCCCUGGAACACCAAUUCCUGUAGGUCGGAGUCUUUCCCUUCGCUAACGCUGAUGGAUGAGGCAAACAGAACAACAACUUUGUUCAAAGAGCUCUACAACCAACCUUGUGUAGAGAGGCUUCUGAGCAACAUCUCUGACGUCUACAACUCCACCUUCAACACCACCGACGACCUCAACUCCACCAUGAUCCAGGACGACAUCACCAAGAGAUGUCUGAACAAAUACACUACAGCCAGUGAAGAGUACUGGGAAAUCCUGUUUUGUAUUUUUUGGCGCCAUGUAUUACGUCUUCACGAAUCUGAUGGUUUUGAGGAUUUGGGAGGGCUGAGUUACAAGAACAUCAUUUAUCUAUUCUUUGCCUGGGUCCUCCUCUUCCUCUGUCUGAAGAAAGGAAUAAAAACAUCGGGCAAGGUCGUCUAUUUCACCGCCACCUUCCCCUAUGCUAUUCUACUGGUGUUGCUGAUCAGGGGCAUGACCCUUCCAGGACACGAGAAGGGCAUCGCAUUUUUCACGACACUACAGAUGACAAAGUUGACCGAAGCCAAGGUGUGGAGGGAUGCAGCCACUCAAGUAUUCUUUUGUUUGGCUAGUGGAUUUGGCACUUCGGUGGCAAUGUCAAGUUACAACAAGUUUAACAGCAACUGUGAACGGGAUACUGUUAUGAUUACUUUCGUCAACUGUGUGAGCAGCGUUCUGUCUGGCUUCACCAUCUUCUCUGUGCUCGGCUUCAUGGCUCACAUCACCAACCAGGACAUCGAGAACGUGGUCGACCAAGGGCCCGGUCUAGCGUUCAUUGCUUACCCAGAAAGCAUCGCGAAGCUUCCAGUGUCAUCGUUGUGGGCCUUCCUGUUCUUCUUUAUGCUGUUUUCACUCGGAAUGGACACUCAGUUCACAGCUAUGCAAACAAUAGUUGGCGGCAUCAGUGACGUCUUCCCACGUUUCCUGAGACCCCACAAAACGGCCUUCACAGCCUUUUGCUGUCUCCCUGGCUUCCUCCUCGGUUUGCCUUCACUCCUCCAGGGUGGUAUCUAUGUGCUGACACUGACGGACUGGUACUGUGGCAGCUAUAGCGUGAUGCUGGUGUGUCUGGCGGAGAUCAUCUGCAUCAUGUAUGUCUAUGGUGUGAAGCGGUUCAUGGAGGAUAUUAAGAUGAUGCUUGGUCGCCGUCCCAAUCCAUAUUGGGUCAUCAACUGGGUCUUCCUGACUCCUGCCGCCCUUUUGUUUCUCUUGAUAGUGUCUGCCUCUCAGUACACCCCAGCCUUCUACGGAGACUACAAGUUCCCCCUGUGGGCGGAGGGCAUUGGUUGGUGCAUGGUUGUCGCCCCUGUUUUUAUAGUCAUCCUCAUCUUUGUGGUACAGAUCUUCAGGCUCGGACCUGUAAGUUCGAAACAACGCUUUCUAAAUGUGUUAACGCUGUAA